ACAUUAUUUAAGCUCAAUUUACUAAUGACAUUUUGGAACAUCAAUAUCAUCAUAGGAAACUGAUUUUAUUUUUAAUUUUGCAGUUCAUUUAAAUAAUCCAAAGUUGUAAACGUUGUCAAGUUAGUGCUUAAUAACAACAAGAUUAAUCUGUGUUAAUCAUUCGUCCACAGUUAAUUUCGAACCACUGUUAGAUGUUGUUAAAAAAAUGAGAAAGUAAUUGUGGAGCAAUAAAAGCAAGAUGGAAGAAUUUCCAGCAGUAUUUGACAGUACAUUUUACCCAAUAUCACUGGUAUCAUGUGUGAUAGUUGUUAUAUUUUUCAAGUAUCUCAGUCCGCUUGUUUCACGUAUGAUAUUUCCUGGACUAGACACACUUUCAAAGGAUAAACAAAUUUACUGGCACACAUGUACAUGUUCCACUGUACAUGCCUUUGUUGUAAGUGCUCUGUGUAUAUAUACUCUCUUAUUUGAAGGCUAUCUCAAAGAGGAUCCUGUAUGGGGACACAGCUCUUUAGUGAAAACAAGCUGUGCAAUUUUGGUUGGAUAUUUAGCUGCAGAUUCUCUAUUUAUUUUGAGAUACUACAAACAGAUUGGAGAUUGGUUUUAUAUAUUACACCAUUUUGCAUCUGCAUUUGCAUAUUAUUAUGUCAUGUCAUAUGGUGUGUUUGUCUAUUUUGCCAAUUUUCGUCUAAUGGCAGAAUUUUCUACACCCUGGGUAAAUAACAGGUGGUUUCUAGCAGAGAUGGGGAAGAGGUCGAGUAAAGUAUACUUCUACAACGGUUGUAUACUGACAGCAGUGUUCUUCUUCUGUAGAAUCUUUACCUUGCCACAAUGCUGGUAUAUGAUUUACUCAGUGUAUGGAACAGAAUCAUUCAAUCGUGCACAACAUUGUAGAUAUGUACUGCUCUUUUCGUGUCUAUUGUUAGAUGCGUUAAAUAUCAAAUGGUUUCACAGACUUCUGAAAGGCGUUCAUAAACAAUUAACUCAACCUGAUCCCAAUGCGAAUAUUAAAGUAAACAAAGAAGAAUAGAAUGUUUAAGUUGGCAUGGUUACAUCAGUGGAGAUAAAUGUGAUCUGUCCUCUUGGCAGUAUAUAGAAUUCCAUGUGAUUUUGGUAGAUUUAUCAAAGCUGUAUAGCACUUUGUAUUAGAUUCCAGGUAUUAUGCCAUAAUAUAUAUAUAUAUAUAUAUACAAUACUGUGUAGCAUGUAAUUUUCAGUGUGAGAGACUCCUUUUAGAUAUAAUUGCUUGACUUGUGAUUGUCACUACAUAUUUGUAAAUUUACACUGUUUGAUUACUGAAAUCCACUUGAAAUUUUAAACUUUAGAUUUUAUUUCUAUACUCAAGGCAAGUUGAAACCAAGAUUUUGAUAAAAUUACAAUGAAAGAAAAGAAGGAAUUUUGUAUAAAAACAGAAUAUUUCAAUGAAUGUAAGAGGAUUGUUUCCUCACACUACAUAAUUGAGCCGCGUCACGACAAAACCAACAUAAUGGGUUUGGGACCAGCAUGGAUCCAGACCAGCCUGCACAUCCGCGCAGUCUGAUCAGGAUCCAUGCUAUUAGCUUACAAACCCUAUUACAAGUAGAGAAACUUAUAGCGAACAGCAUGGAUCCUGAUCAGACUGCGGGGAUGCGCAGGUUUUGUCAUGACACGGCUCAUAUAACAAAACAUUUAUAGCUAUCCUUCAUAAUCAAUAAUCUAUUACUUACAUGAACUUAUUGUUAAGUCUGAUGUUUAUUCUUUUACUGUAACAUACAGAUAAUUUUAUAUAAAACAAGUUAUCAUUUCAUAGUUUAUGUAAAAUUCAUUGUGCUCAUCAUCAUUGUAUUGCAUGAUUUUAAAGAGAAUGAUUUGGUUGUAAGAUAGUAUUAAUAUUUGAUACUACAGUCAACUCUAGUUAUUUUGACCAAUGUUUGUCACUACAAUAAGCCUUUACUUUUGUUUUUAAACAUAUUAUAGGUUAUAGGACUGUUUGCUUCUGAAUAUUAGUUAAAGCGUAUCAAAAUAACAGUUAACAAAUAGUUGUGUACUUGUUUAAAUUGUUUUAUUAUUGAUAUAAAAUGUUCACACUUUGUUUUGAUUUGAUAAAGUUUAAUAAACAUUGCUGAUGUGUUUGUACACUGUUAGGUCUGAGUUCAUUAAUUGAUAGGUAAGUGCGGAAACAAUGUUAUUUCUGUGCUGAUAAAUUGUAAGGUCUGUGCUGAUAAAUUGUAAGAUUUGUGCUGAUACAAUUUAGAUCUUGGCUAUAACAAUGUUUGGUCUUUGUUGAUAUAUUGUUAGGUCUGCGCUGAGGCAUUUUAAGGUUUGUUCUGAAACAAAGUAAGGUUUGUUCUGAAACAAUGUAAGGUAUGUGCUGAAACAAUGUAAGGGUCUUUGCUGAUAUAUUGUUAGGUUGAUGCUGAUACAUAUUGUUUCUAUAGACCUGUCUUUUCAUGUCAAUAUAUAUUUGAUUUUUUAAAAAUCUGAUUUGAUUGGGUUUGUUAGUGUAUACUAUAUAUUUGGGAAGCCAUUAACUUUUUUUAAAGAUUUUGUUUCAUAAUCUUGUGCAGGAUUAUAAAUGUUUAUAUGCAGGUUAGGUUACUUCAUUUUAUUCUGGUAACUUGACAAUUGUAUUUUGUUUGUAUUGAAAUUCAUUAUAAGCAUGUUAGGUUGUAUAUACAAUGAAGUGUAAUUGAAAUUGGUUGUUUUUUUAAACAUUUUUUUUGCAUAUAUGCUAAGACUACACUAUUGAAUUUUAAUGUUUCCUUGUAUUUUAUUUUAGAUUUUUUUAUUGUUACUUUCCAAGUUAAAGCAUGUUAUGGUUAAAUAUUGUUAUGUACAUUAUAUGAGAUUUUAUUUUUAAAUCUAAAAAAUAAAUAAAUAUCAAAACCAAAAUUUCAAAUCAUAUCUUGCGACUUAUACUUGUUUAUCUUAAUGUCUUGUUUUAUUGAAGAAACAAUAUCCCUCAUUAAAAUAUUCAAUUGGGUAAUAGAUAUUUGGAAUCAUAAAAUGAUCUGUCUAUGUGUUAAUACACUACAUGAACAAUAUGAUGGGUUGAUGUAAAACCAUUGUCAGACAUACAGCAAAAAAAAACUAAAAACAUUUGUAUCUACAAAUGCCAUGGUUAUUGACAUAUUUUAUAAUCAAAAUGGCAAUCAUUGAAAUAAUAGUUGUAUAUAUGAUGUUUUAAAUAAAUCAAUGUCUUUCACAAUUAACAUUUUACCUGUGAAUUGUAAUCAAUAAUUAUUGUUUGUUUGAUUUGUACUUUCCUAUUGAUUUUGCUUUAUUGAUGUGAAAGGUUGUAUUUAAGAUUUAUUGUAAUGAAAGAAUAUAAGUAUAGUAUAUAUGUAGUUUUAGAUUUUUUUGACUUUUAAAAUGAUAAAUAAAAUGAUUUAUUUCUUUUUAUUCUGGUAUUGUUAUGCAAUUAUUCUGAUUUAUUUUAGAGGUAAGUAAAUAUAAUAAAUAACAGGGCUGUGUGGUGAAAAAAUGCAAUAAUGGUUUUUAAUCUUUCUUUUUUUCUUUAACUAACUGUAAAAAACCAAUUAUUAGCCAUGUCUGUAUCACAAUUUAUUUCUCACUUUUCACAGUUUAACUAAUAUAUCUAUACACAUUUACAGUUUCCAUUAUAAGUACAGAUUUUAAAGGUAACAUUGAAUGGCAAAUUAUUUCAACAAAUAGAUGUUUUGGGACCACAUUACCAGGCUUCCUUUUUGUUUCAGUUUUUGUUAAGAAUUUAAGUCUCUAUGCUAAAUAUUAAGUUAUUAAGUUUUAUUGUUUUCAAUAUGUUAUGAGAGUUGUUCCCCUUAGAUUUGUGAAUGCCACAAGGUUGUAUAUGUAUGUUCUGUACUGCAUUUAAAGAAAAUGCUUGUUAUAUCUAUGUAAGCAUAUCACUUGUUUUUAUUGUCUGCUGAGAAAUCAUCGGCAGUUAUUUUCACAUUCCGUCAAUACUGUGCACAAUCUUUUACUUUUGUUUUAUGAUUUUCAUGGUAUUUAUUAAUGACAGUAGUGGCAUUGUGCAAUACAGAAUUUAUACAAACUUGUACAUGUAUAUACCCUCAACUGUGUACCUUAUAUUAUAAUAUGGUAGUUAAAUUAGUAAACUAUUAGAGGGCAUUGAUUGGUCUGAAUAUUAAGACUUGUUUAGAGCUUUUAAAGUCGUUUAAACCACGUUGACUUGUAUUUUAAACAUUUUAAAUUGUCUGAAAUAGAAUAGUAAUGUUUUAGCUUAAAAUUCCAGACUACAUUUCCUGGUAUCAGCCUAGAUAUUACAAUGGCUUUAAAUGCUAAAGCUGCUUACUAUUUUUGGUUGAAAACUGUGCCAUUUUUAAAAAUCAGCAAGUAAUUGUUGACGUCACAUUGGCAGCUGAUCGCAAAACUCGUAAACUCUGUAAACCUAGUUUUGUUACUUAAAUCCAUGUUUGUGUUCUUUUUAAUUAUAAUUGCUUUACCAUUAAUGUUGUAACUACUUUUGUCAUACUAGUCUUAAAAAGUCUUGUGUUGAAAUUAAAGAGAUAUUGUUAUUUAUCUUCAGAAAAUGCAUUUGUGGUAAUACAUGUACUUUAGAGAUGUUUGAUAGAUAAAUAUGAUAUAUGUUUAUAAUCCAGUCAACAUAAUAAUUAUGUUAUUCAGUCAGAAUAUACCUCAGUCAAACUCAUCUCGGAAAACCAUUCAAGGAGAUAGUAAUUUGUAUUAAUUAAGAUGACAAAUGCUGUCUUGAGACAGAUGAUUUUUCAAUUAGGAAAAGUAAAAAAAGGGAUACUUUAUAUGCAGGUCGGCUGGAUGAAGGUAAUAUUUAACACGAGUGGUACUGUAUUUUAUUAACAGUAUUUUAUUGUUUUAGUAUACAUGAACUUGUGUUUUUUUUAUAAAUCUGUUACAGUAAUGUAAGGCUAUUUUAUAAUGCCUGAAGGUUAUGAAGACUAGUAUUGUAAAGAGAAUAAUUAGAAAUGAGCCGCAUCAUGACAAAACCAAUGUAUUGCGUGUGCGACCAGCAUGGAUCCAGUCUGAGUGGUCUUCUAACUUUUACACUUCUGCUCUUACUGCCUUUAUUUAAUGACCAUGUUUGGGUGUGUUCGUAUUUUUGUUUUCAGAAAAAAGAAAAUUGAGGAAAAAGCUGAAGUUUUAUGGUGCUUUUUAAUUAUUUUAUUUUCUUCCUUUAUAGAAAACUUGAGUAUUUAUUAGUGUUAUGUACUGAUUUCUUUGUAAGUGACUCUUGAGUUGUUAACCAUUAUGACAAGGAGAUUUAAGUACAUGUAUAAACAACACAAAACAUACCUCUACCACAUAUCCUGUCCCCUUCACCUCAUACUUUAUUUUCAUUUAUAUAUAAUUUUACAUGUUGUUGAUUUUUGCAUUCUACUGAUACUUUAAGUUUGUUUAUUUAUUUAUUUGUUAAUGAUAUAUGAUACUUUAAAUUGUAUACAACGUUGUUCUUUACUUAAUUUUACCGAAAUUGCACAAGUGUUAUGUGAACAGCCUAUUGUAGUUUGAAGUAUUGAAUCCAUUAAUGAGGCCAAUAGCUGUCAGUAUCUGUAUUUUCUGUUUAGCUCACCUUGCACAAAGUGCAGGUGAGCUUUUAGGAUGGCCAACCAAAUGGCGUCCGUCGUCAGUCGUCCGUCCACAUUUUAAAUAUUCUAAGGACAUCUUCUAUGAUACCGCAAGGCCAAUGUUAAUGAAACUUGGCAGGAAUACUCUUUGUAUGAAGCUCUAUCAAGAUUGUUCAAAGAAUUCCAUUUCAUGCAGAACUCUGGUUGCCAUGGCAACCGAAAGAAAAAUCUUUAAAUAUCUUCUUUUAAAGAACCGUAAGAGCUAGAGCUUAGAUAUUUGGCAUGAAACAUCUUCUAAUGAGUGUCUACCAAGUUUGUUCAAAUAAAAGCCCUGGGGUCAAAAUUGGCCCCGCCCCAGGGGGUCAUUGAUUUUCCCUAUAUGCAUAUAGUAAAAACUUAAAAAAUCUUCUUUUAAAGAACUCAAA